AUGGCCGGAGGUGGACGAGAUGGCGCCGACCGCGCCAAGUCGCAGGGCCACACAUGCGUGCUCAAGCUAUGGGCGGUGCUCGGGUCGCUCAUCCUCUACCAGCAGUACGUCGAGGUAUUUCUCUCGUGGUUUCCGUUCUACUACUGGGCCAAGUGCGUGCUUCUUAUUGCGCUCUUGACGCCCAAAACCAACGUUCCGUCGCUCGCGUUCGAGGCCGUCGUUGUCCCGCUGGUCGAGGCCGCCGAGGUCGCCUUUGACUCGCGCGUCAAGCCCGCGCUGGUGCAGCUGGCUGCGCGCCACGGCCACUGGCUCCACUGCGCUGCGAUGCAAGUGGCGCUCCCAAGCCUCGCGGACGCCGAGCUUGAAAAGCUGGCCACUGAGCUGCAACGCCGGCUCGCCGACAUCGAGGCACUGCAGCAAGCGCGUGCGGAUGCCACCGACGACUAA